CACUCUCACAAUCACGGUUUAGUGUAGGUAAACAGGGUUUACCUCAUGGUGGAAGACAAGACGCACUGUUUAGGCCUUUGGGGGACGAGGUAGCAUUGAAAAGACAACCAGACAUUCGCAAUUACUGGGGGUGUGAGGGAGACCAUCAUGGCUGGCGACAUGAUGUUGGUGAUGCGUGGCUUGACCAAGCUGAGCCAGGCCAUCAUGGAGACUCAGGCCAACACCCUGCGUAAUGGAGGAGCCCAGGCCAUGGCCCAGAGCAUGGGAGUAGCCAUGCAGAAGAUGCAGGAGUUUGGUGGGCAGCAGCAGCAGCAGAGUGCGUCUGAUGACUUCCCAGCAGACAUGGACAGCAAGUAUGACUUCUCUGGAGCAGAAGGAAGCAACAUGGACAGUGGGGAACACGCGGGGUCAGGGUUCCGGGAUGAGGGGGGCUUCUCAUCGGAGAGGACAGAGAGCGCAGACGGAGGGACCAGCGGGACAUACAAUGGCCAGGUCUCAGUCAAAUCCAAGCUCUUUGAUGGCUACAAGGACCCCAGCAGCCAGUUCUCAGGACAGAUCCGUUCCUACCGAUCCUAUAGCGUCUACCGCUCCUAUCACCAGGACCGCUCGGGGGUUGGGGGCCUCACGGCCGAGGACAUGGAGAAGGCCAGGGAGGCCAAGAGGAACGAGAAACCACACAAACAAAUGCUCAGUGAGAGGGCACGAGAGAGAAAGGUACCCGUGACACGGUUAGGGAGACUGGCCAAUUUUGGAGGUCUUGCUGUAGGGCUGGGCUUUGGAGCGCUGGCUGAGGUAGCCAAGAAGAGUAUGAGGCCAAGUGAGGAAAACGCUGACAAGAAGGCCGUUCUGGACUCCAGUCCGUUCCUAUCAGAGGCUAACGCAGAGCGGAUCGUCAGGACGCUGUGCAAGGUCCGCGGAGCCGCACUCAAACUGGGCCAGAUGCUCAGCAUUCAAGAUGAUGCCUUCAUCAACCCCCAGCUGGCCAAGAUCUUUGAGCGUGUGAGACAGAGUGCAGACUUCAUGCCCAUCAAACAGAUGACGAAGUCCAUCAACAACGACCUGGGCCCUAACUGGAGGGACAAGCUGGAGUCGUUUGAGGAGCGGCCGUUUGCUGCGGCCUCCAUUGGACAGGUCCAUCUGGCUAAAAUGAAGAACGGCAAGGAGGUGGCCAUGAAGAUCCAGUACCCCGGAGUGGCUAAGAGCAUCGACAGUGACGUCAACAACCUGAUGACCCUCCUCACCAUGAGCAAUGCGCUGCCUGAAGGUCUCUUCCCUGAGCAUUUGAUUGAGGUGAUGAGCAGAGAGCUGGCGCUGGAAUGUGAUUACAUAAGAGAGGCCAAAUGUGCCAAGAAAUUCAAGGAGCUGCUGAAAGACCACCCGUUCUUCUACGUGCCAGAUGUAAUAGAUGAGCUGAGCAGCAACGCCGUCCUCACCACAGAGCUGGUCCCAGGCUUCCCUCUGGACCAGGCUGAACAACUCUCCCAGGAACUCAAGAACGAGAUCUGUGAGAAUAUCCUGAAGCUGUGUUUGAGGGAGCUGUUUGAGUUCAGAUACAUGCAGACUGACCCCAACUGGUCCAACUUCUUCUACGACCCGCAGACACACAGGGUUGCGUUGUUAGAUUUCGGCGCAACGAGAGGAUUUAGUGAAGACUUCACUGACAUCUACAUUGAGCUCAUCAAGUCCGCAGCAGAGGGAGACAGAGAGGGGGUUCUGAAGAGAUCAAGAGACAUGAAGUUCCUCACAGGUUAUGAGUCAAAGUCCAUGGAGAACGCCCAUGUGGAUGCGGUGAUGAUCCUGGGCGAGGCCUUCGCCUCCACGGAGCCCUUUAACUUUGGGGCCCAGAGCACCACGGAGCGCAUCCACAACCUGAUCCCCGUGAUGCUGAAGCAGCGCCUCACCCCGCCCCCCGAGGAGACCUACUCCCUCCACCGCAAGAUGGGCGGCUCCUUCCUCAUCUGCUCCCGCCUCGACGCCAAGCUCAGCUGCAAGAACAUGUUCCAGGAGGCCUAUAACAACUACUGGAGGGACCGCCCCAACCGACCAAGCCAGUGAAGGACACUGCAGAGGGCCAAUCGCAGGGUAACGGCACCAGAGGGUGUGGACUAUAAGGGAGGGAUGUUGAACCAGCCUAGCCAGACUUGCUCUGCUGUAAAUUGAAUGUAUAUUAAUGGCACUUUUCCUCGUCCCUCCCCCGAACAAGAAUCUGUAUUUUUUUGUUGUUAUUCGGAGUAUAUUAACAUAUUCACAAGACGUAUGAGAUGGUUGUUUGUAUAGGUUGAGUUAACUGGGAUGAAUGCUAUGAUGUGUGUCUCGAGCGAGAAUUGUAAAGCGAUUGUGAAAUCAAGACAUUUGGUUUCUUUUGACACUAUCUAAUGGGCAUAAAACACAAGGUAAUGUAUUGAAGAACAGUGACCUACUUACUGUUGAUCACCUAUAUUUUCCAGAAUGUGGAAGUAGUGCUAGUGUCCUAUGAGGACAAAACAAAUGCACAAAUAAUGCAUAGACGUGUGAAAGGGAGUUUACGUCACACUUAUGCAUAGUGCACACACGUUACCAGGGUACAGACCAAUUCCUGUUGAGGGAGACGAUUUGAGGACAAUCUCCUAUUUAGCCUGUCCUUAUAAGAAACGCAUUACAUUUCGGGCCACCUGAAAUAUCAUGGUAGAUUGAACAAUGAGAUGGCACUGUCAAGACAUCAGUUGUUUCUGAGAGUUGGAUGUGAUUGAUGGAUGGAUCAUGGGAGAUGGGUUUACUUCCAGUGCCAGAGGAAAUAAGAACAUGUUCUCAUUGACUGAUCUACUUUACUCUGGACCUGUAGCACAAAAAUUGAGUGUUUUAGCACCAGUGUUGUUCGUGUGUCCUGGUGGGCCUGUGACAUGUUGAGUAGGUUUUCCUUUAUCAUCGGGCGGGGGGGGUGACAACUGCAGGGUUUGUAUCAGUUUAGAAAACACUAACUACUGUUUUGCCAUUUACUUUGUGGUGGAAAGACAGUUGAGGCAAGAUGAAAGUGAUCCUAAAUCACUUAGGCACAUUUGCAUUUAUUCACACUAAGUUUUUCUAGGAUAUUUAGAAAUAAAUAACGCUUUGUCUCUUUAUAUUGAUAUCAGAAGUUUGAAAAACAUGGUUUUUACAUUUUCUAAUCAAUGGCAUUCUUAAUACAAGGGUUGUGAUUAAAUAUUUGAUUCAACACUUUUGCUUUUUUAUGAAAAUAAGAACUAUGAACAACUUACAUUUUAUUUAGCUUUAAGUCCAUCUACAGAGACAAAUUCCUCAUGAAACACGAAUGAAUGAUGCAUUGGGAAAGUAUUCAUCCACUUGACUUUUAAAUGGAGUAAAUAAAACAUUUCAAUCUGCACAAAAUAUCCCAUAAUGACAAUGCGAAAACAUUUUUGCAAAUGUAUUAAAAAUAAAAAACAUGAUUUACAUAAGUAUUCAGACCCAUUGCCAUGAGACUUGAAAUUGAGCUCUGGUGCAUCCUGUUUCCAUUGAUCAUCCUUGAUGUUUCUACAACUUGGAGUCCACCUGUGGUAAAUGUAAUUGAUUGGACACGAUUUGGAAAGGCACCUGUCUAUAUAAAAAGGUCCCACAGUUGACAGUGCUUGACAAAAAGCCAAGACAAUGAGGUCAAAAUAAUUCUCUGUAGCGCUCUGAGGCAGAAUUGUGUCACGGCACAGAUCUGGGGAUGGGUAUCGAAAAAUGUCUGCAGCACUAACGGCCCCCAAGAACACAGUGGUCUCCAACACUCAUAAAUGGAAGACGUUUGGAACCACCAAAACCCUAGAGCCGCCCGGCCAAACUGAGCAAUCAGGAGAGAAGGGCCUUGGUCAGGGAGGUGACCAAGAACCCGAUUUUUCACUGACAGAGCUCCAGAGUUUCUCUGUGGAGAUGGUUGUCCUUCUGGAAGGUUUUCCAUCUCUGCAGCACUCCACCAAUCAGGCCUUUAUGGUAGAGUGGCCAGAUGGAAGCCACUCCUCAGUAAAAGGCAGCCCACAUGAGAGCCUGCUUGAGGUUUGCCAAAAGGCACCUAAAGGACUCUGACCAUAAAGAAACAAGAUUCUCUGGUCUGUAGAAACCAAGAGUGAACACUUUGGCCUGAAUGCUAAGCAUCACAUCUGGAAGAAACCUGGCACCAUCCCUAAAGUGAAGCAUGGUGGUGGCAGCAUCAUGCUGUGGGGAUGUUUUUCAGUGGCAGGGACUGGGAGACCAGUCAGGAUCGAGGGAAAGAUGAACAGAGCAAAGUACAGAGAGAUCCUUGAUGAAAACCUGCUCCAGAGUGCUCAGGGCCUGACUGUGGCAAAGGUUUACCUUCCAAAAGGACAACAACUCUAAGAGCACAGCCAAGACAACACAGGAGUGGCUUUGGGACAAGUCUCUGAAUGUCCUGAGUGGCCCAGCCAGAGCCCGGACUUGAAUCCGAUCUAACAUCUCUGGAAAGACCUGAAAAUAGCUGUGCCGCAACGUUCCCCAUCCAACCAGAGAGUGAGGAUCUGCAGAGAAGAAUGGGAGAAACUCCCCAAAUACAGGUGUGCCAAGCUUGUGGCGUCAUACCCAAAAAGACUUGGCUGUAAUUGCUGCCAAAGGUGCUUCAACAAAGUACUGAGGAAAGGGUCUGAGUACUUAUGUAAAUGUGAUAUAAUCCGUUAUUUAAUAAACAUUUAGCUUUGUCAUUAUGGGGUAUUGUGUAGAUUAAUCCAUUUUAGAAUAAGGCUGUAACGUAACAAAAUGUGGAAAAAGUCAAGGGAUCUGAAUAUACUGUUUAUCACAGUUUGGGGAAAAAAACAGAUCAAUGUCAUUCUUACAAAGUUAUUUGAUGUAACACUUUCUUACUUGUUCUGAAUUAUUUUCAUAGAUUAGGACAUCUGUAAGCAAAAUAAAUAAUUUAAUGAUACUGUAGUUACAACUUUUCAAUCUCUUAUGAUUGAGUAGUGACAUAGACAAGCAUUUUUUUAAAGUACAUCCAACAACAUUAAGUGCUUCUAAUACCAAAAUAAGGAAAAGCUGAAAUUCACACGAGGCAUCCCACAUGAUUGGUAGUGUUAAGAGGGCAUGCUUGGAGGUCAGCCACUGCAAAGAUUCCCUUACACCAGCUGUUCUACAGUGAGACAUCUAAUUUAGUCCUGCUUGAGUAUCAACAGUCAUUCAUUUGGUUGACUACACAGAUUGACAUGCUUUAUUCUGAACUAGAAUGAAUUACCAACGCCUUGAAUGGUAGAAUGAGGUUUUUAAAUCAUGUUUGCGUGUUAAACUUCAGACACUACUUUGUUGCCACCAGGGGGCACUUAACGUUUGUAAGUAGUGCUGCUGUAUUUCUGUAAGGCCUUGUGUAUGAGAGUCACUGCUUUAUCAUUUGUUUCACAACGCAGAAGUCCCAUAGAGUCAUGGAAGAGAACAUUAACUUCCUCCACUAUGUUUAUGUAGUGAGAUGCAGAUCUCUGGCUUGUGACAAAGCAGUGAUCAAAAGUAUGGUGCAUCACCACUAGAAUGACAUCUUUGUUACCUGUUGAGAGACACAAUUAAAUCUUUAGUACUUCCACAUAAAAAUA